AUGGCAGACAAUAUCUCAGUAACAAUCUGUGGCGACGGCGGAACUGAGGACCUGUACUCGGUGACCCGCACUGUCGACGGCCUCCCAUACUUUCUCUCGAUCACCGAUACCGCAGGCCAGGAAGAAUAUCGCGGACUAUGGACGGCCGCGACCCUAAAAUCAGACGCUUUCUUGUUGGUCUACGACAUCACCAACCCGGACAGUCUGUAUGCGCUCGACCACUUCAUGGGGCUGAUCGACAUGGAAGCCGAGCAGCGUGUGGAGGAUAACGGGCGACUGCGUCGAGAACUCGGGGCCAAACCCACCGAUGCAGUUGGGCGCCCUCCGCCGGUGAAAAUUGUGGCGGGGAACAAGUGCGAUCUGAAGGAAGGGCGGAUGGUUAGCUCGCGGGACGGUCUGGCAUACGCGCGUCGGAACGGGUGUGGGUUUAUGGAAACCAGCGCGCGAGAUGUCUUGGUGCGCCGCGUGGUGGAGUCCCGACAGUUGCAUGCUCAAGGGUUAGCACCGACACGGGCGCCGUCGCGGGCUGGACAGUCAGUUCGCACGACUGCGCUUCCUCCCACGACGGCCGAUGCCAGGAGCCAGAGGGAGAAACGGGCUCGGUCCCGGCUCUUCGGACGUCGAAAACGCCGGCCUUUGACCGAGUCCGGAUUCACCAAGGACAAGGAUAAGGAUUCAAGGGCCGAAGAGGGACCUCGAGGAUGUCUGUUGCGGCAUUUAUGCUGUUCACGUUGCUAA